AUGUAUGCAGCGAAUUCAAAGAUGGGGUUGUCUUUCACUAAGCUGUUCAGUCGGCUUUUUGCCAAGAAGGAGAUGAGAAUUCUUAUGGUCGGUCUCGAUGCUGCGGGUAAAACUACCAUUUUGUACAAGCUGAAGCUUGGAGAGAUUGUGACCACCAUUCCUACAAUCGGGUUCAAUGUUGAAACUGUGGAGUACAAAAACAUUAGCUUUACUGUGUGGGAUGUUGGGGGUCAAGACAAGAUUCGACCUUUAUGGAGACACUACUUCCAAAAUACCCAAGGGCUCAUUUUUGUGGUUGAUAGCAAUGAUCGUGACCGUGUUGUUGAGGCUAGGGAUGAGCUGCACCGUAUGUUGAAUGAGGACGAGUUGAGGGAUGCUGUGCUGCUGGUAUUUGCCAACAAACAGGAUCUUCCAAAUGCAAUGAAUGCUGCAGAGAUCACUGACAAACUUGGUCUCCACUCUCUUCGUCAACGCCACUGGUACAUCCAGAGUACAUGUGCCACUUCUGGAGAAGGGCUCUAUGAGGGUCUUGACUGGCUCUCAAACAAUAUUGCCAACAAGGCCUAAAUGAUUAGCAACCUCUUGCUUGCAAGGUGUCUGAUGGCUCACAUAUCUUCUGUUUAUGGAUUUCUUACAUUGUGUUACCCUCCCUGAGGAUGUAUCUGUUUAGAUAUUAUUACAAAGUGAUUGACGGCUGUAGAUUUUAAAUAAUUCGACUUCUAUAUUCUACAUACACAUUUGUUUGUAUCGGUUUAGGUUUUCAAUCAUUGGAUUUUGAACCUUUACUAUUAUUUCUCCAUCUUUUGAUGGACUUAAAUGCAUGUAGGUGUUGAAUGUG